GCCAAUACUGCACCGGACCAGCGACGGCGCUCGGCGGAACUCCGGCGGCGUAACAGAACUUCCGUCGCCAUCCAUGGCUCCGGCGAUCUCUUCUCCUCUCCGAAACACGAAAUUGCCGCCAAAUUUCAGAUUACCGACAAAACUCAGCCACGUAUUCUCCAAUCCACCGGCAGCAACCGCCACCGCCGCUGUCGCUACGACGGAAGAGGACGUCGAUUCUGCAAAUCAGAAAUCCAAAAAAUCACAGAAAGCUCAAGCCAUGGCUAGACUCAUCAACGCGCAGCCUUGGUCAUCUCAAUUGGAGGCUCGACUCUCCUUCCAAACUCCAAUUUCCCAAACAACCUUCUUCCAAACUCUCCGCCGCAUAAAAACUCCAUUGAAAGCCCUCCGUUUCUUCAACUGGACACGAGAUUCGGGUUUUAUCCACAACCAUCACUCUUACUUCAUGAUGUUGGAAAUUCUGGGGAAGGCACGAAACCUAAACACUGCUCGAAAUUUCCUGCUGUCCAUACCCAAAAAAUCCGACUUCACUGUCCCCCUGACUGACAAAUUCUUCAACACCUUAAUCCGUAGCUAUGGCGACGCAGGGCUUUUCCAGGAAUCGAUUAAGGUGUUCAAGGCCAUGAAAUCGAUGGGGAUUUCACCUUCCGUUGUUACAUUCAACAGUUUGUUUACAAUUCUGUUUAGAAGGGGAAAGGUAGGAAUGGUCUAUGAGGUGUUCGACGAAAUGCUCAGGACGUUUGGAGUGAAGCCUGAUUUGUACACUUUCAGCAUUUUGAUCAGAGGGUUCUGCAAGAACUCCAUGGUUGAUGAAGCCUUUAGAAUGUUCAAAGAAAUGGAGAGUUUCGACUGCCGGCCGGACGUCGUAACGUACAGCACCAUCGUUGACGGAUUGUGCCAAGCCGGGAAGGCGAAUAUAGCCCGGAAUGUGGUGGCCGCAAUGCGAAAUAAGGGCGACGCUUUGAGGCCGAAUGUCGUCACUUACACUACUUUGAUUCGAGGGUAUUGCGAGCGCCGCGAGAUCGACGAGGCGAUUGAUGUGUUCAGUGAGAUGAUUGGCGACGGGAUCAAGCCGAAUGGGAUUACGAUUAACACGAUUAUAAAAGGACUUUGCGAAACCCGAAGAUUGGAUACGAUGAAGGAGAUUUUGAAUGAAUGCGAGGGAGGAUUUGUUCCCGACGCUUGCACAUUCAACACGGUGAUGAAUGCGCAUUGCGACAACGGGAAUCUGGACGAGGCGUUGAAGGGUUUCAAGAAGAUGAAGGAGCUUAGUGUCAAACGGGACUCGGCGACAUAUAGUGUUCUGAUCCGCGCUUUGUGUAAGAACGGGAGGUUCGACGAGGCGGAGCAGCUGCUUGACGAGCUGUUCGAGGAGGAAAUUCUGUUGCGCGACGGCGAUCGCACUCCUCUCGUGGCGGCGUACAAUCCAAUUUUCGAGUACUUAUGCGCGAAUAGGAAAACAAAGAAAGCCGAGAGAGUGUUCCGGCAGUUAAUGAAGCGAGGGACACAGGAUCCCAACGCCUUCGAAACUCUGAUCUCGGGGCAUUGCAGAGAAGGAACAUUCGAGCGCGGCUAUAACCUCUUGGUCCUGAUGCUGCGGAGAUACUUUACACCUCAUGUUACGAUCUACGAGUCUUUAAUCGCGGGCCUCUUACAGAUGCACGAAGCAGGCCUAGCGUUCGACGCUCUGCUGAAAAUGGUGAAAAGCUCGUAUCGACCGAGAACAUCUCUAUUCCACCGUGUUCUCAUGUCGCUCAUCGAAAAGGGCUCUCCUCGAGAAUCGAUGGGCUUGAUGAUGUUGUUGCUGGAGAAGGAGAUUCGACCAAACAUGAAUCUCUCAACCGACACUGUUCGACUGCUAUUCAGAAGCGGGUUGCGCGACAAGGCGUUUCAGCUCGUCACAAGUCUUUAUAAGCAGGGUUACAUUGUGAAUAUGAGCGAACUGAUUCCCAUCCUUUGCCGGGAGGGGAAGUCAUCGGAGGCAUGUGGGCUGGUGAUGAUCAGUUUAGCGAAUCGCCAGGAGAUCGACACGGGAAUCUACGACAUGGUUUUAAGCAGCCUUUGCAAGUCACACAAGUUAGAAGAAGCAUUUAAGCUCUACUAUGAGCUCUUGGAGAGAGGAAUUCGACAGCCUUUGACUUGCUUGGAGCAGCUGAGGAAUGCACUUGAAGCUCAAGGAAAGGCGAAGGAAGCCGAGUUUGUUCGUAAUCGAAUUCUAAACUUCUCAUAGUUCUGGAGGCCAUCUUGUGUGUUGUUUUCUGUAGAGAUU